AUGGGGAUCAAAUACAACAUUAUUUCAAUAUAUUCAAAGCAUGCCAUUUAAACUCUAUUUAUUACAGACUCAACUCAACGAACGUGAACAUUUACUCUGAAUAUGCAUAAAUUACAAUGAACCACGGAAGAAAAAAAGGAUUUAUGCGUAGAAAACAUGAAAACAAAAACUCUCCAACACUAAUUAGUAGGGACAUCACUGUGUCACUACAGAGUGUAAAUCCAUAAAUAAAGCAUUCAUACAAUUAAAUUAAGGCAGAUAGAAGCUUUUAAAGGAGCAGUUAUAUUUUAUAAUUUAUACUACUACUACUUUCCAUGGAGCACCUUCUUCAACCUUAAUUAGCUUUUUUUGUCCCUCAAAAAAAAAAAACAAAUCUGAGACAUUGUCAUGAAAAUCCAUGUGUUAGCUCUGCUCAUCACCAUAAACCUCGUAACCGAUGAAUCUGUGUCUGAAUCCGACAUCACCACCGGCUAUCAAGUCACUCUCGCGGUUCCGACCGAUUACGCGAGAGGGUUUGUGGGGCGAGCUUUUCUGAUCAAAACCGAUCACAAUCCGCCGAAUUUUAGGGCGGCGAUUAGCGUGGAAGCCAUUGAAGAAGGAGAGACGAACAAGUAUUGUUGCUCUUUAGAUGUGUUUCUGGGCGAAGUGAGAGUGUGGAGCUCAGCCCAUUUCUCCAGAUUCUACGUCGAUGAGAAAUGUGUUCUUCAACUCACUGAUUUGGGGGAUUUGAGAUUGAAGGCCAAAAAUGAGAGAGUUGGUUGGAAAAGUGGGACGUCCAAACAAGGUGUUAAGAGAUUGAGUUUGUUGAGAACUGGGAAUUUGGUUCUUGUUGAUGAGAUGGGAUUGAUUAAAUGGCAGAGUUUCAAUUUCCCCACUGAUAUUAUGGUUUGGGGGCAGAGAUUAAGUUCUAAGACAAGAUUAACCUCUUUCCCUCCAAAUUCAACCUUCUUUUACUCUAUGGAAAUUAAGGAUGACAAGAUUGAGUUAUUUUUGAAUUAUGGGAAAUCCAAGUAUUCUUAUUGGGAAUAUAAGCCUAUUGGUGGAAGAAACAUCACAUUCGUGGAGGUGUCCUCUUACGGUCUCGAAAUAUUCAACGGGAAGCAUAGAUACGAUCAGAUCAAAUCGAUUGCAACGUCUUUGGAUCCUUUAAGGUUUCUUUCUCUAGAAAACAACACGGGGAAUUUAAGAAUGUACCAUUACUCGGAGGAGAGGGGGAAAUUCGAGGCUUCCUACCAAGCGCUCAACUUCACUUGUGAUCUCCCCUUACCAUGCGGACCUUACGGCAUCUGCAUGCCGUCGGGCUCGUGCUCGUGCGUCCGUCUCACCGCCGGCGCCUGCAACGAGGCGAGGGUGUGUGGAGGAGGACACUCGGAGAUGGUCGAGCUGCAGGGCGUUGUGAGCGUGCUCACAAGCGAUUCUUAUAAGGAUGGGGUUGGAAAGAAGGAGUGCUCGCGUUUUUGCAAUGAAGACUGCACGUGUGUGGCCGCUCAGUAUGUCGAGGAGGAGACCGGGGAAGAAGAAGAUGGAAUUGGGAGUUUAGGGAGGUGUUUCUUGUAUGAAAUUGCAAGAGGGAUUAAGACAAUUGAGAGAGGGAAUUAUAGAGUUGCAUAUAUGGUUAAGGUGAGGAAAGGGGUGAACGAUGAUCAUGGUAAGAAUUUUGGGUUGAAAAAAUGGGUGAUAAUUGUGGUGGUAGUGGUUGAUGUGUUUGUUAUUUUGAUUGUUUUGGGUGGCGUUGGAUAUUAUUUUUUUGGGAAGAGGAAAAGGAAUUUGGCGGUUAGAGAGCAAGCAAGUUAGUUUAUCACAAUUUAUGAUUUUUGAAAAAAAAAAAAAGAGAGAGAGAGAGAGAGAGAGA